AUGGAGCGCCUUGCUGAGGCCAAAAGACUGUUUCCUCUCCCCGACCCCAACGCACCACCUAGCGAAGAAGUUAUCAAGGCAGCCGAAACUCCGGAGCCCCGAUACAACCUGCGAACUCGCCAGGAGCACCAAAAGGAGCCGACUCUCCACAUUUGGUAUGAAGACAAGGAUGAUGAAGACUACUGUCCGAGUCCAAAGAAGGCCAAGGAGGAAAAGCAGCCAAAGAAGGCAAAGAAGGCGAAGCAGCCAAAGCAACCAAAGCAGCCAAAGAGGUCAAAGCAGUGA